UCGACGAGCGCCUUCUUGUUACGUUCCGCCGAUGUUGUGGUUUUCGGCUAGACACGAAAGAGUGUAAUUCAUUGGACCUUUUACACCAAGUUUUCAAGCUUGUUAAUUUGCAGCUAGCUUGAAGCUAACUCGUCAAGAGGAAAGGAAACAACCACUGUACCCGGAGUCCUGCCAAGAAGAUGGACAGUGAGAUUCAAAGAGACGGGAGGGUCCUGGACCUCACUGAUGAUGCCUGGAGGGAAGACAGACUGCCAUAUGAAGAUGUCACCAUCCCUCUGAGUGAACUACCUGAGGCUGAGCAAGACAACGGAGGAUCCACAGAGUCUGUGAAAGAACAAGAGAUGAAGUGGACAGACCUGGCCCUGCAGAGCCUGCAUGAAAACACACCGAGCACUGGGAACUAGAAAAACAAUACUGAGCUGGAUUAAGACUGUUGUGCAAAAAGACGCACGUGCAAGAGGACACUGGAUUCAGACAAAUCUAUAUAUUUUUAUUGGCAUUGUAUUGUGUAUUUCGAAGGAUUUGCAAUGUUUUCUAGCCAAAUAUGCAAGAAUGCAUUUCCCAUUUGUAGUUUUAAUAAAUAUUAAAUAAUGUUGUUAUUUCUCCA